ACAUGAACUUGUGGAAGAACGAAGCAGUAAAUCAAAGAAAAGCAAAUCACCGAGGUUGGAAAAGAAAGUUUCAGAUUUAAGUAAUGAUGAUGCUCAAAUAUUUUAUAGAACAGUUGAUAAUAUCAAAGAAAGAUACCAUGAUCGACAAGGUGUUAAUAUUGGUAUUACAUCCUUUUUGGUUUAUGGUUGUCCUAUGACAGGUCGAAAAUAUGCCUAUGGUUCUCAGGGAAGAAUAACCCUAGAAAAACAGUUCUCAGUCCAGCCAGUGCCAUUUGCAUUUCAAGCCACAGUACAGAAUAUUACCGUCCAUGAUCCAACCUUCUGUGAAUAUAUGUCUAUGGAAGAUUUAUUUCCGGCAGAAUCUGGUGUAUUUAUGUUGGGAUCACCUCAUUAUGGUUGCCAAGGCGAGGUACUUGAAGUAGAUAGUAGUGAAGGGAGAGUAAGAGUAAACUUUACAGUACUAAUACAACCUGAUAUUGAUAAAGUUUUACAACAAUGUAAGGGCACAACUAACUAUGUACCAGGGUAUGUAGCUGCUCAGAAACUUGGUGUGCAUACUCAUUUUUUAUCACGUAUAACUGGUACAAUAUAUUUACAACGUGGUAGUCCAGAUAGUCCUAGUAAUGGCAAAGCUAAUGUUGGUCUCAAUCUUAAAUUUUCUAAACGUGGAAUGGAAGUCCCAGGUUAUACCAAAAAGACAGAAGAUGGUUGGUUAUAUUCUAAAAAAUCUGUGGAAGCCAUUGGCCAAUAUCUAGACAAAUUUCCUGAGUUGUGUGAAUAUUUGUCAACUGAAAACACCUCUUCGAGUGAUAAUUACGAGGCUUAUGAUAUAUUUGGAGAAGAAUGUGGUAAAAAGUUGAAAGAAAUAGAGGAAUUUAUCAAAUCAUUACCAUGUUCUAAAGUAUCACCAGUAAAGUCUGGAUCAGAAACAGUAGAUGAAGAUAUUGUACUAGCUAUUGAAGAGGAAGGCUCAAGAAUUCAUACAUUUAAUAAGGAAAAAGAAAGAUGUGUCAAAAUGCAAGUCAAGCCUCAUUUAUUGUAUCGGCCAGUAUUAGGUUUAGGUCCGAUCAUGCCUGAUGCACAUGCUACGUUUGAACUAUAUGACCGUGUAGUAAUAUCUAAACAAGGUUAUGCUGUACCAUUUGGUUUACAAGGCACUGUAGUUGGUAUACAUCCUGCUGAGAAAGAAAUGGAUGUGUUAUAUGAUGUAGUGUUUGAUGAGGAAUUUGUUGGAGGUAUCGAAGUUAGGUGUUCCAAGAACCGUGGCUACAGAGUACCAUGCUUCACAAUGAUAAAUCUAACUUAUGGUGAAAUGAAAGAAAAAGGAAUGUUACAUCUUCGGGGACAGAAAGUAGAAAAGAGUAGUCCUCGUAAAAGUAAUAGAAGGGAGGAAAAGCCAAAAUAUGGAAUACUUUAUCCUCAAGGCUCUCAACAAGAUGAUAGAAAGUUUGAUUCUGGUAGAGGUUAUAGUAAUCAGAGAAAUGAUCACCAGGGUACCAAUAAUAACAGUUAUAACACACAACCUGUCCCUAAUGCUUGGUCAACAUCAAAUCAGGGAUCUAGUCGAACAAAACCUCAUGAUAAUUCUCGAACUGGAAAGGUAUUUAACAAUGACAAAUAUCCUGAAUUUGGUGGAAAUGGCAAAGUCAAUCCUCAAUUUGUCACACCUAAAGUGAGUCCAUCUCAAAAUCCAAUGAGAAAAACUUAUUCAGAUUUAGCUGGCCAUUCUCGGGGUAGAGGGCAAAUACAUCAGCAAGCAUGGCCAAAUAAAACAGUAUCAACAAAUUCAGAAUUCUCUGAUAUGUGGUCUCAGUUACAGGCUAAAUCACCAACAAAACAACACUCUUCACCUACCCCACCAUCUUCAUUAGCAUCUUCAGAAGGACAAGCUCCUUCAUUAACUGAUGCUAUCAAAGCUCUUCCCAAAAUUACACCACCCUCAAUUUCUCCAAACACAGCCAACACAUUGUCAACAAAUAUCAUCCAGUCUUUAUCACCCAAACCAAGCAAUGAUAAUUCAGAAAGUAGAUCUACACCAUCUCCUAACAGACCAUCAGAUCUUUCUCUCAACAAUUCUAACAGUAGAAAGAUUGAUUUAAAUCAGUUGUUUGGAAGUGCUGGCAAUCAGAAAGUAGUUGCUCAGGAUGAAUUCUCUUCUAAUUUUGAAAGUUUAUCAAUAUCACAGAAAGAUAAAGCAGAAGAUAUCUCAAACAAUUUAUCACUACCUAAUGGUAGUGAAGCUUUAAAACAAAUGUUACAUGUAAAUAAUACAGCAGAGAAACCUUCAGAAAAACAGCAACAAACUAAAUCAUAUGGUACACAAUUAUCAGUUCACGAUUUAUUUAAAGUGGCUAAAGAAAAAUCUCCACCAGAGCAGAGAGAUGAAAGACAUGAAGGCCAUAAACAACAGCAGUAUAACAAGUCAUCAUUAUUAGAGACAUCCAAUGUCUCUAUGAAACCAAUAGAAGAAUUGAAUAUGAUAUGUUUAUCAAGAUUUCAACAAGAACCACGAUAUGAUAUUAAUAUUGUCAAUCCGAAUGGUUAUGUGGUGUAUGUUACUAUUCCUAAUAUGGGAAGGUUUAAUGGAGCCAUUUGUGGAAGUAAAAACGAAGCUAAAGCAAGUGCUGCUAGUAUUGCUAUAUUGAGAAUGGGAGGUGCAAGGACAGCAUUUACGAGAGCUGGUCAACCAGAUAAUAGAGCUGCAAACAGACAACUUUUUUCACCUAAUUCUGCUUUUAGUCCUGUGAUGCGAGCUCAGCAAGUUGGAAAUCAGGGACCUUUCAGACUCCCAUUUGGUAUGCAAGGCUUUCCUGGUCAACCUGUUCCUCAGUCUCAUCAAGCAUUUGGUGUAAGGCACAAUAUUAAUCAAUGGGUUGCCAACUUUAAUCAGAGACAACCACCAAAUCAGUUUAAUCGAUUUCCAAAUGGAUUUCCACAUGGUUACAACCAGCCAUUUGUACAACCUAAUCAGCAUGGUGGUUUUAAUCAACAACACCAGCCAAGACCUUACACCCAACAGCAACCUGGUUCUUAUAAUCAAAUGGUUGACCAACAUGGUGGUCAUUAUCAACAACACAGUAAUUUUUACCCACAACAACAGUCUCACAAUACACAUCAAGAUCAAUCCAAUACAGAAAAUAAAAAUAAUAAUGAUAACAGCAAGACCAAUGAACAGUCAUCAAAAUCCAACCCAUUUGUCCCAUUACAGGUUACAAAGAAACAGAAAACACCUAGUAAAGUUAACAACCAUCAAAUUAGUGAUACAAGUGACUCUGCUUCUUUAAAUGAUUGUAAAUCUUCAUUUGAAGUGAAAUCUGUUGGCAAUUCUGCUGCUUUACCAGCUUCAUCUAGAACUCCUAAAUCAGAAUCAAAACCUAAAAACUCUCCACCUAAGAGCGGGCAGAAGAAACGUCGUACUAGAAUAGCAGCUAACUUGAAUUUUGGUCCUUCUUAG